UAUAAGUCUGCUGCUUAGUGUCAGAUGGUGACAUGAGUAGGAAAGCUGUGUGGUCUCUGUACUUGAUUUACUCAUCAUGUUUAAAGUUGUUUCCUCUCUAAGAGGCCGUUGCGCGGUUUUAUCAGGGCAGCCUUGCUGUUCACCUGGUUUGGCCAAACUUCACCUGGGAAGUGGUGCAGUAUGUCAGAAAUCAGCCCUCAAAUAUCAACCUGCAGACCUCCCAGAUAUGCCCUCAUGCAAUUUCAAACCAGAGGAAUACAAGGGUAUGUCCAAAGAGCGGAUGAUGGAGAUCCGCAGGCAGAACUGCAACCCCAUGGUCAUGAAGAUAACCUACUAUAAGAAACCAGUGUUCAUCCACCAGGGAAACAUGCAGUGGCUGUGGGAUGUGGACGGGAAGCGGUACCUGGAUCUAUUUGCUGGUGUGGCUACCGUCAGUUUGGGCCACUGCCACCCGAAGGUGACAGCAGCCACACAGAGACAGUUGGAGAGACUGUGGCAUACUACAAACAUCUACAUCCAUCCUACUAUCCAUGAGUACUGUGAGAAACUAGCUUCCCACUUACCAGAUCCUCUUAAGGUGGUAUAUCUGACCAACAGCGGCUCAGAAGCCAAUGAUCUGGCCAUGCUGAUGUCUCGACUCUACACAGGAAACUUUGACAUCAUCACUUUCAGAGGAUCGUACCACGGUGGCACCCAGCAGACCAUGGGUCUGACCUCCAACUCACCGUAUAAAUAUCCCAUCGCCACUGGUUUAGGCUGCUCAAAUACCAUGUGUCCUGAUGUGUUCAGAGGUCCGUGGGGAGGAAGCCACUGCAGAGACUCUCCUGUGCAGACCAUCAGAGAAUGUGGCUGUGCCCAAGGUCAUUGCAUGGCGAAUGACAAGUACAUUGGACAGCUUAAGGAAACAUUUGCUACAAGUGUGCCAAGUCGAAUUGCUGCUUUCUUUGCAGAGCCGAUUCAGGGAAUGGGAGGAGCUGUUCAGUACCCUAAGAACUACCUCAAGGAGGCUUACAAACUUGUAAGAGAAAGAGGAGGGAUCUGCAUCGCCGAUGAGGUCCAGACUGGAUUUGGGCGAACAGGAAACCACUUCUGGGGUUUCCAAGGUUAUGACGUCAUUCCUGAUGUUGUUACGAUGGCGAAGGGCAUCGGGACUGGUUUCCCAAUGGGAGCUGUUGUUACUACACCAGAAAUUGCUGCCUCCUUUGGUAAGGCCUUCCACUUCAACACCUUUGGAGGAAGUCCUCUGGCUUGUGCUGUUGCUUCAUCAGUGCUUGACACUAUCAAAGAAGACGGCACACAGCAGAACAGUCUUAUUGUGGGAACCUAUCUGAUGACAGAACUGGCAAAUCUCAGAGACAAGUAUGAGAUAAUUGGUGACGUCCGUGGAAAAGGCCUGCAGAUUGGUGUGGAGAUGGUCAAAGACAAGGCCAGCAGAGACCCGCUGCCUCCUGAGGCAAUGAGCAAGAUCUUUGAGGACAUAAAGGACAUGGGAGUCCUGAUAGGGAAAGGCGGAAUCUACGGACAGACCUUCCGCAUCCAACCCCCCAUGUGCAUCACGAAGGAGGAUGUGGAUUUCUUCCUAGCAGUUUUUGACAAAGCCAUCCACGGCUACAUGGACAACAAAAAGUGAACGGGACAGAGGAGUGACUCGAUGCCGAGGACUAAACACUGAAAACACUAGCACUAAAAUAUUGAAUGGUUUGUACCUUUGUAAACAGGAACUUUAACACUCAACUAUAAUCUGCAUGUUAUAAGUCAGUGUUGCAUAUUUUCCCCUCAUACUUUUUCAAUACACUGAGCAAACAUCAGUAAUCCUUAUUCACAUACAGACGUUUUUCUGACCGACUUUUAAUUCAUUUUGCUCCGAUUAGACCCACCGAAACAAGUCAUGAUUGUUUUGCAGGCUUUAUAUCUUAAUGUAUUAAUUAUCUUAUGUUUGAUGUAAAAAAUAUUUGUGCUUUGAGAUAUUUGCUUAAAUAAGUCAUUGUUUUUAUGUGUUACCAAUACAACAACUUGUAAAUUAAAACAUAUACAGUUUUUUUUAGAAAUGCUUAAUAAAAGGUAUUAAUGC